AUGGAUAUACUGCAUAAAUUCAAACAAAAUGGUUAUUUUACAGCCGAUUUAUACCAUUUAUUGGCCAAAAAGGAUCAAGCGGGAUCGUCUGAAGAGAUCAUACCGUCAGAUUAUGUGAGAGAAAUGAAAAUGAGCACUACGGAGAGGAUACGUAGCUUAAAUUGUAUUAAUAUAGACAACAUCGUGCACAGCGGCAAAACCAGUAAAGUUGUUUUAUCGUUCACACCAAAAAUUAUUGUAUUCCAGAAUUUCAAGCCGAAUGAUAAGCUUGUUGCAAAAUUUUCUGUUAAAAAUAUAAGCAAGGGACCAACAUUUUUAAACAUGGCUUAUAAGGAAUCUUCCUACUUCUUCAUCAAGCCAGUUGGAGGUCAGUUGCUCUCGCGUUUAGCACCUGGGAUAAGCGUGUCUUUUGCUGUAACCUUCCAACCCGUUCAGUAUGAGGACUAUACGCAUAGAGUAACGUUUUAUACUGAUAUUGAUCAGUAUGUGUUGCCAUUGAUUGCUAUGGGACCAAGACCUGUUUUUGAUUUCCCUGAUAAAAUUGUAAUACCGAAAACGCCGCUGAAGGUUGAAAACCAAUUAGUCUUUUCGGUUCACAACGUAGGAAUGGUGGCAGCGGGAUUUACCCUAAACGUUAAAUGCCCUUUUACAGUACAACCCAAGUCUGCGUAUAUGAAUCCUAGUGAAAAAAUUGAUAUCAGAGUUGGUUUCAAAACAAUGCAUCUCGUUGAAACGCAGGGAACAAUGCAUGCAACUUUUGAAACAGGAGAAAACUUUGGAAUAAAGCUGACGGGGUCUACGUAUACAGUAAGUAUAGAGUUAGAAAAACAAGUUGUGAGAUUCCUGGAUACCUACAAAACCAUGGUGAGACAGCAGACAUUGAAGAUUACAAAUAAAUCUGAUUACACGCUUACGUAUAUGUGCAUGAAAAAUGAUUGUGUUUACAAUGAUUUCGAAGACAAAGUGAAUUUGGCAACAAUUUUUUACGAUCUAAAGCAACAUGAAUCAGCGAAAUCGAACAAAUUAGUGCAUUAUGAUGUACUGAGUAGUGAAGAACAUUUAAGAGUAUAUACGAGAAUAUUUUAUGAUGAAAUACAAGCACUAGUGGCAGAUGAAAGCCUGGUUUUUCAGAAUACUCAUAUAUCUGUAACACCAAUUAAAGGCAAACUGUGGCCCAAUAAAGUAACAGAGCUGACUAUAACAUUUGCUCCUAAAGAUAUAGGAGAAUUUGAUGCAACUGUGUAUUUAGAUGUGGACGGGGUAAACGAUCGUCUGCCUUUGAAAAUUGUUGGUACCUCGUUACCACCUUUAAUUAACCUGAAUUUGGAGACACUCGACAUGGAUAAUGUGUACAUAAACAAUAUUUACAAAUACGAAAUUGUUGCUACGAAUAAAGGUCAUAUAAAUGGUAUAAUUGAGUACAGACAUUCAGCGCCCUUAUUCGGAAGCAUAAUCUCGUGUUCUCCAGAGUCAUACUGUAUGCGUCCCGGCGAAAAAAAUACAUUUAUCAUUUCCUUCUGUAACUCUAACCAAGGACCUUUUUUCGAAGAAAUAGAUUUUAUCAUACGAGAAUCUAAAGUGGAGCUAAAACUGUAUUUAAAAGGUGUCGUGAUUUAUCCGUCAUUGAUGUUCAGUAUACCAUGUCUCGAUUUUGGAAAAGUCAGUGCCGGAGUACCCAAAACAAUGGAGUUGGAGGUUAUAAACGAAUCCCAAGUAAAUGUCAAUGCGAAUAUAAAGAUAUCGUCGGACGGUCCAGAAAUUCGUAGCAUCACUUUGAGAGAUUAUGCUGUAGCAGAAAAACCCAAACCGCAACUACCUCAAUGGCCAAGGGAGUUUGAUAUAGAACCUUAUAACAUUAAAAUAGGUCGGGAGUCAACUGUUUCCAUACGAGUCACACUUACAGCUAACUUAAUACGGGCAAAUCAAACCUACCUUGAGUUGGAAAUAGAUAAAUCGGACAGUCCACCGAUAGUUUUGCCGGUGACAUUCAAUGCCAUGGUGCCCCAAAUCAUCCCAGCGCCCGAUAUUAAGAUGCGAGCAUGCUUCACAGAUUACCGUUAUACAUUGGAUGUUAACGUAGUUUGUCAAGAUUUCUGGGGAUAUUUUACGUUGGAGGAGCCUGAGGAGGAGUCGACAUUAGAGGUCGAGGUAGGCAUUAAGCAAGGAAUAAUUGAACCAAACAGUAUACUAACAUUACCAGUAACAGUUAAGACAAGUGUACUUGGUAUUCAGGAGCAUGUCAUCAGGCUUAAUUUAUUCGGCAUGUCAAAACCAGUGGAGGUAUGUCGCAUAACAGGCUGCGGAAUGCGACCCAUCGUCACUUGCAACCCUAUCGCUUUGCAUUGGGGACAGGUUAAGCUCCUGACGAGGACGCAGAAAGUCCUGACCCUUUGUAACGAUUCACCGGUUAACGUGAACUUUAGGGUGUCUUUGCUUAAUCGUGAUGGAAGAUGGCACGUUAACCCGAUGGAAGGGUAUAUAGAACCAGAGUCAGAAACUCAACUUAUCGUCAGUUUGUACCUUAUUGACGCUGACAGUUACACAAACAAAGCUGUUAUCCAUUUGGAAAAUGUUAAAGACAUCUUAGUUCCUCUGUCAGCAGCUGGAAUAGGGACCAGCAUUUUAGUCGGGGAACACAGGGAUAAAAUACUGCUGGGCCGCCAUUUUACGAAAAUACCUUUGAAUUGUAAAGUCAUGAUGGAAAACUGCGGCACUCGUUUCCACGUUUUGGAGUGGAGUCAACAUUACAAGGCGCCUAAAACAAAACAACAUUCAUCUGCAUUCUUUAACAUGGAAUCGAGUUCGUUUAAAAUAUCAGCAGGAGAAAAAAUAGAAAUGUCUAUCACUGGUUUGUCCUACAAAGUAUCUACUAUUAAAGAAAUGUGGUAUUUAAUAGGCAGUGUUGAGGGCAUAAAUAAGAAAGAACUGUUACUGGAAUGCCAAGUUGCAGCUGAAUUUGUUGAUCCAAAAAUUGAGUUAUCAGCUUCUAUUAUAGACUUUCAAUAUAACUAUGGCCCUUAUAGUGAAUUUUAUAAAUUAACAGAUCUGGUAACUAUAAAAAAUGUCUCUAAGUUGCCAUUAGAUUUUGAGAUCACCGUUAAACAACCAUUUGCGUUCGUUCAAAAACAUGGCUCGUAUAAAGUGUCUCAAGGCGAGGAAAUGUUAUGUGGAUGUAUAUGCUAUAACGAGGCUGAUUUAAAAACCCCCAGUAACAUAAAUGAAUAUGGAUUACAACGCUCCAAACUGUUUAUCGAUUAUUUAACUUUGAAACCAGUUGAUCCUCAGAGAAAGGGUCCUUUACACUUUUUUGAAGAUACAAAUAAAAUUAAAUGGGCAUUUAAUCUCACAUAUCUCAUAGAAGAACGUUUAGAAGAUCAAGAAGAAAUGAAAAUCCAUAUACUGUUCGACACUUCUAAGCAUACAACACUAAAGUCCAGAGUUUAUUGUGAUUUAAUGCGUUUACGAUUUAAAGGCCACAAAAAUAAAGAUGCAAUAAAACUUAUCGGAAAAAUAAAUUUCCCAAACAUGUUCGUUCUAACGCCAAAAGUAGAUUUUCAAUACAUUUUAAAUGGCAGCAUCGCUAGUAAGAUGAUUAAAAUUCAAAAUGUAACACCUCUUCUCGUGUGCUAUCGAUUUAAUUGGAAAAAGUCUACAAUUACAAAAUUGCCGCAGCGCGAGGUGCAAAAAGUCGAUCGAAGCGAUAUUAACUUUAAUAAGUGUUCUACUCCUAUAACUGAAGCACCAGCUAGUGGCGGAGCGGAACUUCAUGAAAUUUUAGCGUGUCGGACGCCAGCCGGUUCUCCUGUCUACGCAUUAGCAGAAAAUAAUGCAAUAGACUCUCCGGCUCUCAUGAAUGAGGAAGCUAUUGAAUUAUCAGCAGAUUAUUCAUUAAAGCAAGAAAAUAAUAAUAUUGAAACCAGAAACUACAAGGUCAUCACGAAAAUCUCACCAAUGAUAAAGACAAGUUGUGAUACCGAAUUCGAAUGGAUACAUAAAUUCGUAAAACUUAAUAAACGUUACGAUAUUUCCAUAAAUGACUUAUUAGAAGUUGUUCCCCACUCGGGACUUUUAAAACCAAAUGAAGUUCAAUAUGUGAAUGUUAUAUUUAGACCAAAAGUUAAUAUAAAUGUAAGAGCCACAUUAGAAUGUGAAGUAUUAGGUGGACCACCGGAAACAAUAACUGUAACUGGGCAAAGUUCUGACUUGUUGUACAAACUUAACACUCAUAAGAUUAAUUUUAUGAUUCGUUCUUUUCAUGAAAACGCAAGUGAAGUUUUAAUCAUGUCCAAUAUUUCCCAACUACCUUUCGAAUAUAAAACAUACUUAAAUGAGCCUAAGUUUGAAAAUGAUCUUUAUGGAACUAUACUUGGUUUAACACCAACAGAAAAAGUUUUGGAACCAGGGGAACAAACAGAACUUGAAGUAGAAGUGCGACCAGGUGUAGUGGGAUACUUCCAUACGACAUUUAUUCUGGAAAUGGGUCAUAUUCCUUUCGUACCCAUUGAAGUUGUAGGAUGGGGCGUUAUACCCCAAGUGUACGUUUGUUUACCAAGACCUGAUAUAUCGCAGCUUGACUCUAAAUUAGGGUAUAAAGCCAUACCAAUCCUGACACCAGGAUAUUUAGAAGCCAUCAAUAAAAUGUUCACCACAUCCGUAUCGAAACUUUUAAAUUCACCUUUGACAGAGAAAUGCUUUGAAGAUCGGUUUUUUCAACAGGAUUGGCAUAUAUGCUCGGCUUGGGAUGCAUACCCCUCUACCAUGGACAUUGAAAUGGCUAUAGAGAGGAUGUUAGUUACAGAUUAUAUAACAUUGCAUCCAGAUAUUCUUAAUUCCUAUCAAACAACUUCAAAAACGGGUUCUAUCCCCGGAUUUAGCACAACACCCUAUGUUAUUGACUUUAGUGUAGUAAUCACUGGAAGUACGAUACAUUGCAGUGUGGACAUAAUUAAUUAUGGCCCAAUUGUUAACAAAUUGCACUUUGCUAAAGGAACUCAUAUACCAAAUUGGUUAACGGUGAAAUUGUGCGGAAAAUUAAACCCUGGUGAAAGUGGCAAACUAGAAGUAACCUUUGCACCCACCUCGAUAUUAUUUACUGAACUAGAGCAACAUGUAGAAACCUCUUUUAAUAUUGAGGUUCCCUACGGAGUCACGAUUCCUAUUCAAAUUACAGCCCUCUGUGCGGUGCCCUACUUGGCUUCAAAUGUAUCUAAGAUUGAUUUUGGUUCUGUCCAAUGCGGGGAUAAAAUUAUAAGCAAAAUUCCACUCAAGAACGUAGGAAAACCUACAUGCAUUUGGUUUGUCACCUUGAAGCUCAAGAAUGCAGGUACCAACGCCUUGAUGGUUCUUAACAGUUCAGGAAAAUAUGACCCUGGAGAAGGAGGAUGGCUUAGUAUAUCAUUUAAACCGACAAUGGAGAUGCUGUAUGAGGGUUUCCUUAUAUUUAAAUUUCACAUGAAUCCUAAUAGGCUGACAAUACCAGUGAUCGGACAAGGCAUCGUACCUCAAGUACACAUAAUUGGACCAAAUGUAACUUUUCCACCGACUUUGCCGUGGGCAGAAAGCACUGAAUUCUACUUCGGCCUUACAAACCCCUGUCCAUUUCCCGUCGAACUUAUUAUAACACAUAGCGAUAAGAAAACCAAGAGUCCAAAAAAUGCUCCAAAGUCAUCAGGUGCAAAAGAUGUAGUUUCACCAAAAGUACUUCGUCGGAGUGAUACUGAAAUAAUUGCCGAUGUUAUUAUGGAAAUGAAAUCUGCCAAAAUUGACCCGUUGCAAGAAUGUCUCCAUGGUUUCGAUACUAUAUCAAUCGGUACUGAAACCGACAAAAGGUCUAAAGGAAUGGUGAUUUUAGUACAUGGAUCGCCAUGUGAAGGUAGGUCACUUUUUACUUAAAUAUAUUCAGUUAAUCAACUGUUUAAAAAUUAUUAUAUCUACUGUAAAAAAUAUGUUUCAGAAAUGCAGUGUCAGGAAAUGGCCUAUUCGCUAGGAAAAGCUCUUCGCUUACCGACAGUUAAUAUAGAUUGUUGUAUUGUAGACGCGUUAUGUGUGUGUGAUUGCGCAGCUAAAUCUAUAAUAAUAAGCGCCAUAGAUGAACUGUAUGAAACAGCGCGGAAGUAUUCUGCAAAAGAGGACGAGUAUACUGAUGCGGAAGAAAAUUUUGAUGAAGAUGAUCCUUUUGAUAUCAUAUUGAAGAAGAUAAAAUUUUUAGCUGUUCAUAAGAACGUUGGUACACCUCGUUCUAAAGUAAGUGUAAAAAAAAAGAAAAAGUCUCCAACUUCAUCUAUUGGAUCACACACUGGUGCAGGAGCUGUUGGUUCUACGACAAUGUUUCAUAUGGAUUUAGUGCAAGAGCUUUUAACGGACUAUUUCAAAUUGCCUAAAUUCGAGAAAGGUUUUAUAGUUGACUCUUUGACGAGUAAUGUUAUACAAAGCCCUCCAGUGGUUCUCACAACUGUUAUUAAAAGUAAACAUACAAUAUGGAAUAUUCAUUUACUGCUAUGCCACUCUGAUUUUAAUAAGUGGUCUCGGGCCUAUGAGGAACUUCAACGGGAACCAGAUUUAGUUGAUGAGAGCGUUUACAAAGUUUAUUGUGACACUGAAAUCAAAAAUAUUGUUGAAUCAUUAAAUAACAUGGAAAGUGAAGAGUACGAAAAUAUAAGUCCAGAAUUAAAAGCAAUAUUUGUUUCAUAUGGUUUAGAAGAAAGACGUAGAAAACAUUAUGAAAAAGUCGGUCUUCCCAGUGAUAAUCCUGUAAAAGAUAAAACUAAUAAAGAUGCGUACAGUAAAUCUGUGAUAGCAGUUGAUAAUGAAUCAAAAAAGAAAAUAAAAAAAGAAGAUUUAAAAGGAAAACCGACCAGUGAAUAUGUAUUAAUGAAUAUCAAAUAUAAUGAUUAUCUUAAGAACACCUUUGAAAGACUUGUAAAUAUUGCUAACAAUUGGAUUACUGCACAGAGUGAGCUGGGGAGUCCUCUCUAUGAUUUCACUGGACAAGUAGUUAAUCUAUCCCAAAAAAAGUCUAAAAAGAAAUCUGAUGUGCAAUUACAGGGUUCCGAGGAAAGUUUUUCACAAAGAGGUUUUCCGAUGACAAUCAUAAGCUGCCCAUGCCUUCUUUAUAGAAAUGCGAUAUUAAACAUGUUUUCUGAAUCAAAUCUUGUUCGGGAAGCUUUAAAAGAAGAAGAAAAGUGUGAUAUUCUUAAGUGUCCCAUAAACAAAAACGUUUACACUGUAUUACUUCCUAAAACAUUUCCAAUAAUAACUCACGAAGAGCCUUUACGAUGGUGUUAUUUGGAUGAACCACCGAUUAAAAAAUGCGAAUGUAAUCAAUUGAACGAUUUAAAUUUGUUGGAUGACACUAACCAAGAUAAUGUGUUAAAUAUUUUGUCGAAAUGGCACUGCACGUGUGGCAAAAAGGUAACUUCUUCACAAACUUCAACUAGCGAGAUUCCAUCGAACUCGAUGGAGAGAAUGGCAGAAGAAGCGAGUGAAAUAGAUGGAAUUUAUCCGUUGCCAUUACGCAAUGUGCAAUCACUUUUAGAACAAAACACCCGUAUAGUGUUGCAGCCCGGGGAUUUACUUCGAUGCAAAUAUACCUUUAAUCCCCAAUAUGAAGGGAAAUUUAACGUCAGACGGUUCGUUGAAGUAAGUGGGUGGCCUGAUUCACGAGUUGAUAUUGUUGUGACUGGAAUAUGUGAUUUGCCCAGGUUGGAUUGUCGUCCUAAGAAAAUGUUUGAGAAUUUUGCCAGAAGGACUAUAAACGAUAAAGUCUAUAAAGUAACUUAUUUGGAUGAACAGAAGCUUUUCGAAUUUGGACCUAUUUUCAUAGGAGCUCAAAGGAUAUAUGAAGAAAAGUAUACAAUUGAUCUAAGAAAUCCUUCCUUGCUUACUACAGAUAUUGUAAUAGAGUUUCUGGAUGACACACCAGUGUUCGAAGUAGACAAAACGUUUGUGAGAUUAGAGCCUGGAUGUAGAGGAAACAUGUCCGUAUCAGCAGCUCCAACUGAAGUCGGUGUUCAUAUGUGCAAUAUAUUGUUCUGCGUUAAAGACAAUCCAGAAAUAGUCUCAGUGGCUAUAGCAUGUAGUGGAGUUGUACCGAUAAUUGAGAUAUUGCCAUUGACCAAAAUGAUAGAGUACGGGAAACAUUUACUGUAUCGCAGAGAGGAUGAUAGAUUUAUUGUUAAAAAUGAUUCAAUUCUACCUAUCAUGUGGAAAAUACGCAAUGCAGAGGAUUUUGUGCAGGAUUUCAUUAUAUCUGAAACGACUUGCGUAGUGCCCCGAAACGAGAAUCAAGUUGUGGCCGUAACGUAUAUAGCAAGUAGAGUGGGUGUGGUAUCGAACAAACCAUUAACAAUAGACAUAUACGAUGCGGAAGGCCGCGGUGACCCGUUGAUAAUCGACACACUAUUUUUAUCGGCCGAAUGCUACGAUGUUAUGGUAGAAUGCGCUUAUGAAAUCCCUUCUGAAAAUUAUCUCAACUAUGGUAACGUCAAAGUUAACUCUACUGUUGUUCGAGAGCUGUACAUGCUGAAUAGAGGCAGAUAUAAUGUUUAUUACAAGCUGAAAAAGGUAAAGAAUUUUCCUGAACCAUCUUUGCUACGAUCAUUUUCGGCAACACCAGAGUGUGGCAUCAUACCUCCCACCAUCAAGUUGAUCACCACAGAGUUCGAAUGCACACCAACAACAUCGAUGAAUUUGGUAAACGUGCCUGCCUACAUUUGCUCCUUGUUGGACGGCAGCAAAAACCAAGUUGUCGUUGCUAAGUUUCCAGUUUGUGUUACUAUCGCAUCAUUUUAUAACACAUUUACUCUAUUCCCCCUCGGAGAAUUGAAUUUCGAUAUUAUUCCUGUUGGAAGCGCAGUAACAAGAGAAGUUAUAUUAAAUAACACAAGCAAAUGCCCUUUUACUUAUACAAUUGUUUUACCCCCGGAAUAUCAAAUUGACCGUGAUGAUACGCAUGCACAAGUUAAAAUUAAAGAUAACAAAUUAAAGAAUCCUCCUUUAAGAUGUGGUAAUUUUUUGAUUAUGAAUGACGACAAUCUGCUUGCACCUGGGACAAGUAGAACACUUCAAUUACAGUUUUUGGCAACAGCUGCAAAAACAGUCGAGGAAACUAUAAAUUUUAUAAUUAGCGACACCUGUCCCGCAGAAGCACAAGGUGUUCCUCUUAAAUUAGUUGGAACGGGAGCUAUGCCUUCUUUGGACUUUUGGAAUAUUGAAAACACAUUUCGUGACCAUCUCAUUGUCAAAAAUCUCUCUGAAUAUACAGUACCCGAGCCAUCUGCCCAUUGUGUAUUCGUUGAAGACUCAGUGACGCUUCACUUUUUCUCUGUAACUGUAAACUCGAAAUUUGUGGCAGUCAUUGAUUUGUACAACAGUGGCUUGGUCGCCUGUGCUUUGACUAUGAAAUUGCACUACCAAACUAAUUCAAAUCAAGACAUAUUUUCGUUAGAUAAAUACGAAACUCAUAUAGAACCACUGCUGCAUAAGAAUCUUGGAAUUAUAUUUACUCCAAAAACUCUUCAGGAAUAUAGAGCUGUUCUAGAGAUACGUUUGAAAUUACUACAAAAUCAUGAGCAAUCUUUCAAAAUAUGCCUUAUAGGGGAAGGCGUUAUACCCAGAAUUCAUUUGGUUUCUCCGCCUUUGAGACAUCAGCAGUUGGGAAUACUUCGUUUUCCUGUUACUUGUUUGGGUUCGAUUAGCGUUAAAAAAAUACGAUUUAAAAAUGUCAGUUCAGUGGAGGCUACUGUAACAGCGAAAGUAUUAUUUUCCGCAAAUGAAGAAAGGCCUGUAUUCUGGCUAACUUCGGUUCCUGAUAAUGAUCAAAUGCUUAUACGCGAGAACAGUGACAAAGUUAAGUCUUUGAAGAAUAUAGUAAAACCCGGAGAAAUAGCAACAAUAUAUGUAAAAUAUAACCCUAUAAGGAGAGGUCGAACAUCCUGUGAUGUAAAGUUGACGAUUUCUAAAAACCCUUAUGAGUUUUUUGCGGUCCUAUGCGAGGCAGAGGCAUUUAUGGAAGAUGUUAUCCUGGUUGGAUUGGAGAUGCUAUCUAUGGAUAUAGAUUUAGAAGCUUACACGAAAUCUGUAGAAGGGACAGUAUCUACGGCAUCGACACUCGACAGUAGAAAAAAAAGCAAAAGUGCAACUGGGGAUAAAAAAAAGUUAAAACAGUUAGAAGGCAAAAAAAGUAAAAGAACAUCUCAGGGAUCGUUUAAACUAAGCGAAAGUGGCGAGAGUGCUGUAGAGCAUUCCGUUUUGAAAUAUAUAUUAAAUUUUGGUGGAUGUGAGUUAUGUGUUAUGCAUAAGAGAUCAGUAAUUAUGGUUAAUAAUUCUGAAAAGGUGUACAAAUUUCAAUGGGAUACCGUAGAACACCUUCUGAUAAAGCCGGCUAUUGGUUACAUAUCGCCCGGAGAAGAAAAAGAUAUAGAACUUGCAUUCUUCUGCGUUCAGCCUGUAGCUAUCAAAAAGAAAAUUUUAAAUUUAAACUUGAAAGCGAUAUGCGACGACUUUUUGACCUUAGAUUUAAACGCAAUGACUUGGGAUAAUCGACAAACUGUAACUGUAUUCGAUCAUAACAGAGAUGUAGACGUGAACGAAAGAUAUGAAACAGUAAUAAAUGAACAAAUCAACACAAAUCCUGAGAUUACUCUGGAUAAAAUAAAUAUUGUGGUGAUUUAUUCCGCUAUGACAGAAUAUACUAAAUAUUUAUGCAACUUGGAACAAGAAAUUAAGUUGCAGGACACAUUUAUAUAUCAAGUCAGAAAUUUAACCUUUAAAGUAGAAAACACUGGAAAAGUGCCAAUGAAAAUUGUUUGGAAUUUUAUAAUAGACGACGAAUAUCCAGCUCGGUUAGAUAAGUAUAGUAAAGAUCACAAAGAAGAACAAAUUUUAAGUACUGACGCUGAAAGUUUUGCUGACUUCGAAAUUAAGCAGACAUAUGACACGCAAUCACUCUCAAAGGGUGCUGAACAUGAUCCAAGUAAAAUAACAUUGUUCAGCGGUAGCGCCAGAAGAGACAGUGUCGACACUUGGUUCGAAGUAGAUUUGCCGUUUGUAAUCGAACCCGCGAAAGAUUGUUUGAAACCCAAUGAAAGUCGCAAAUUCAACGUUACCUUUUCACCGCUAGAGGCGUUCUUGUUUAAUGUUAGACUGAAGAGUAAUAUAGAUAACUUAGAUCCAUACGAUCAGAAUGUAUCCUGUAAAAUAUUAGCCAAAUCGUUAGUUCCCUACGUUCACCUUGAUGUAGAGGAAAGUGACUAUUUGACUUCUGACAGAAGAAAAACAACUGGUGUAGCACUGCCGGAACACAUUACUGUAUUGGAAUUUAACGUUUUGGGAUCCGGUUGCUACAAGAAAUCAUUUGACGUAAUCAAUCCAACAUGUGAUGGUUAUGAGUUCAUAUUCGAGAUGGUACUCUCAAACAAGCCUGAACUUAUUCCAAUGCACUGCAACAUGUUAAAAGGAUAUGUAGAGGGCGGUACAUCAAUUGAAGUAGUUUUUACUUUUUCGCCGACAUCACCUGGGGUAUACGAGUCACAGUGGAAGUUCAUCAUACCGGUCCAUUCUCUUGUUAUAAAUCUAUUAGUUGUCGGUAUAGUUCGGGAGCCGAUUGUGAACUUUGUUCCUACUAUUCUGAUUAUCAAGAACUCUUUGGUAGGUUUUACCAUAAAUAACGAGGUGAUAUUAAGGAAUAACGAGCUUGAAUGUUUGAAUUUCGAGUUUAAAGGGAAUUCAAUCUGUGACGAGUCCGGUAAGACACCGAUAAUCGUAGAGCCGGAAAAAGGUGUUCUCAAACCGAAUUCAGAUACACCUAUAAAGAUUAUCUAUACACCAAUCCAAGACGGGCCUUUGUCAUUCAAGAUAUUUUGUAGCGUGACAUACAUAACAAAAUUGAUAACUCUAUGUGUAAACGCACUUAGCCAUUCAAUUAAGCCUAAAGUCACUUACUAUUUGGUUGGGAACGAUCACAUAUUGAAUAGUGAUGCAAUCACUAAUAUUCAUUUGGACCAGACAGCUUCGACAUAUGAACGUACUAUUCCAUUCGUGAUAAAGAACGAUGGCUCGGCUACGUUCUUCUUCGACUGGAAUUACAACACCAGUGAAGUUAAGAAAUACCUUCAGCUGUAUGUAGAGCCUAGCAGCGGACACGUCACCCCAGCUAACGAAAUAGAAUGUGUCCUUCACUUCACACUAAAACAAGUUCCCGUACAAGCCAUUCCUGUAACGUUAUCGAUUUCCGAUGGGCCAGAAUACAAAAUGUUUCUCCACGCGGAAAUCGAAAAACCGCUGUAUCGCUUCUCUUGCAAGGAAUAUAAUUUUGGAAGGUGUAUCGUGAAUGCUCCAGAUAAUACUUACAAGAAAAACUUUGCGUUUGAAAACGAAGACAAAGUGCCCAUUACAUUGGAAUUGAACUUUUCGAAUUUACCAGAAUUAUUUGCUGUCUUAACGCCUGACUGUACGGUUGCAUCAAGUCAACGGGUUAAAAUACCAAUAUAUUUUAGACCAAAGCAAGUAAAAGAAUAUGAAUUUAAGCUUCAGUUUUGGGUAAAUUCACUUUGUGAAGAAAUCGUUACAAUUAAAGGAGAAGGGGUUCCCUUACUCUUCGACCUAUAUGAAGGUUGUCAAAAGAGUUUCAAUCUGGGAGCAGUUAAGGUUGGAGAAAGAAUUGUACGAUCAAUAGAAGUGAUGAAUCACAGCAAAGUUCCAAUCGAAGCCACGUUCAUAUUCAAAGUUAUGUAUGAAAAUCCGGAGGAUACUUCUGACAUGAAAUCUGAAGGAACUAGCGCGUGUUUAAGUCCUAGCGUAACCACUGUUGCCAAUCAAGCAAAGGAUCAAGGUCAAUCUAGGGGAGAAAUGCUGCACCAAUACAAGAAAAAUAAAAUCCAAGAACAAAUCGAUAAAGAUUCCGAGAACGCGCUAUCAUCUCUAAAAGUGAUUCCGAACAAAUGCACUAUCAGGCCGUAUAUGAAAGUGCCUUUGAGGAUACAGUUUAAACCAGUUGGACAGAUUAGUAAUCUGGAUGUUCAGCUGAACAUGAAAGUGUUUCAAUUUGAGCGUCCAUUAGUAAAAUUGAGUGGAUGCGCUACUGGAAUGAGUUUGCACUUCAGUCAGAACUCAAUGCAGUUUGGUCGCGUACGCAAACGCGGCUGCAAGAUAUUGAAGGUCAUGCUUUUUAAUAAAGGAGAUUUUAGCGCCAAAUUCUGGUGGCAACCUUUGGUAUCGAACGAGUUUAAUAUAUCACCCAUGCAAGGAAAUAUCGCAGCUCACACAAAUGUUACAUUCACUGUAACUUUUAGACCUAUUAAUCACAAUCCUUUUAUUAAAGUUUGGGCAGUCUGUAAUAUAGAGGACUACCCACCCCUAGAGCUGUCGCUCUAUGCUACCUGCAUCGACACAGGCAACGUUCAGAAUAAAACAUUAUAUUUGGAUUGUCCUGUUAGAGAAGUUAAUACACAAUACGUGGUAGUAACAAAUCCUUCUGAUGAUAUGUGGUUCGUUUUAUCCGAAAUUUCGGGCGGCCCUUUUGAAACUUUGAAGGAGUUCUUUAUAGAGGCGAAUUCCACUUUUGACAUACCGAUUCAUUUUAAACCUAAAACUAUGGGAAAACAUGAGAGUCAAGUGUUAUUUUCUCCGUUGGGAGAAGCUGCGCUCUUCAUUACGCUUGUAGGAUCCGCCGCGCAACCCAAUCCCAACGGCACCAUCAAUAUCGCGGUGUCCGCUAAGGUGUUCCAUACUGAGAAUCUGCUCGUUCACAACAUUACUGAGUUUCCAGAGUCGUAUAUAGUUGUAACAGAAGUCCUUAAAAUAAUUCCGGAUAAAUAUGAAGGCUACUACGAAAUCAACCAUCCCGAUAUAAUUAAAGUGUGGGGAGAGGCAGUCGCGACGUGCCGCUGGAAAUUUGUGUGUUACGAAGUGGCGGAAAUACAUACAAGAGUGAUGUUCAUAAAUGAAGUUAGUCGCGAAUAUCAAUUCUAUAUCAUGGUGAUUCAAGUAACGGCAAGCAAGAUUGUGGACACGCUCUCGUUCGUCUCGCGAGCUCGUGAGUCCGUGCAGCGUGAACUGAAGAUUAGCAACCCCCUCGCUAAAGAAGCUACGUUUAGCAUCAAGUGCGACAAACUCACUUGUAUUGAAAGUCUUAAAAUAGGCAGAAAUUCAGAGGCUAUUCUUGCUAUGGUGUACUCACCGCUGGUGGUAGGAGACGUGAAAGAUACACUCGAAGUAAGCAACCAACUGGUUGGAACGUACUUCUACAGUGUGAAUCUUAAGUGCUUGCCCGCUAAAGUUAAGAAGCUCGAGUUUACGACACCCCUUGGAUCCUGUUUACCACUGCGUCUCAGAAUACAAAAUAAUACUGAUGCCCGAGCAAGUUUCACAGCAACGGUCUCGCAUCCAUCGAUUAUAACCGAGCAAGAAUAUAAUCUGGGUCCUUAUGAGAAAGGAAAAUUCCAGGCGUGGUUUGAGCCAACGGAGCUUGGAGUCCAAAACUGUACGGUGUCCUUUAACUCACAAGUGGCUGGAGAAUUUGUUUUCAGCAUAAAAGGUACCGCUAAGCAACCGAAUCCUCAGGGGCCAUUCGAAAUAAAACUUGGGGGAUCCAUCACUAUUACUUUUAAAAACGUAUUCGUGAAUUCGCGAAUGUUCAAGAUACACAUAGAUCGUGAAGAAUUUUACACCAAGAGUGUAUAUGAGCCAGUGAGGUCCAAGAAGGAUUUGAAAAUAGUGGUCUACUUGAACGAUUUAGUUAAUCGCUCUUCGUUGCCGACCGGCUGCCUUACCAUAGAGAACUAUGAACCAGCGGAGCCUAAAGUGCACUGGACGUAUUUCUUGAAGGGAGUCUUGUGA